AUGUCGUUCGCGACGUUCACGUCCACGUACAAGGAUCGCAAACCCGUCGUGCUCACGGGCAUGCGCGCGAGGAACGCCGCCUUCCGCGAGCUCUGCGCGAAGGACGCGCUCCUCUCCAGGUGGGGCGACGCGAACAUCACGCUCUCCACCGCGAACACGCACAGCUACGAGAAGACCGCGGAGCCGCUGCGAACGUACGUGCGCACGCGCCUCGCGCCGCAGCGCCCGAAUUCGCGCGGAGACGCGACGCUGUACUGGUUCGGCGAUCACGACCACGAGACGUGGGCGCCGCACUUCGACGCGUACGUCCGACCGCCGUUCGUUCCAAACGCCGCGGAUGUCGCGCGCUCGUUCGGCGUCGGCGGGCCCCACAGCGGCGUGCCGCUACACGUCCACGGGCCGGGGUUCUCGGAGAGCGUCGUGGGGAGGAAGCGGUGGUGGCUCUCGCCGCCCAAGCCGAAGCCGAGGUUCGAUCCGAACGCGACGGCGCUGGAGUGGGCGCUCGGGCUCGGCGAGGACAGACGCACGGCGGCGGCGACGCACGCGACGAUGCUCGAGUGCACGGUGCGCGAGGGCGAGGCGGUGUACUUCCCGGAUCAGUGGUGGCACGCGACGUUGAACCUGGACGAGACCGUGUUCAUGAGCAGUUUCGUCAACUACGCUCUCGACGGAAGCGUCGGCGCGGACGAGCUGGACGACACCCCGCUCGGGGCGACGGGCGCGGGAGGUGCGAGGUAA